GCUGUCGGAAGUUAGGGUUGCUAGGAGGCCUGCGUGCAUCGGUGCGAAAUGAACGCGUCAACUGCAUAAUGAGCGCGCGAACUGCAUAAUGUCUGAAAUCUCUGAAGAUUACGCUUCCGACCCAGAUGAAAAUGAGAAACCAGAAAUGCCAGGACUUCGUAACUUGUCCGAAGAUGCCGAACAAUACACGGCAGAGGCAGGCGCGGAGCUACUCUCUCAGAGUAACGAAGAGCCUCAGCCACUGGAGAGUGAGGAAGAGGACUCUGAGGAGGAGCCAGAGAAUGAAAAGAAUGUACAGCUAGAACCAACCUGGACAUCUGAGGAUGACAUUCCCAAGGAGACCCAAAUCGGGAUCCCCCAAGGGUUGAUGUCAGAGACACUGGGAGAAAUGGGAGGCAAGCUUUACAAGGAUUUGAAGGUCCCUGUGGAUGAAAAGGGUGAGGAACCAGACCUAGAGCCACCAGAGGAGGCUAAACCAGAUAUCACAGAAGGGGCUAUAGAAACAGACAUACAGUUAACAAUGGAAACCAAAUCUGAAGUACCAGGAGCCACAGCCAGUGAGACAAGUUUAGAGUUACUAUUAGAGGAGACUGAACAGGAGGCUCCAGAGGAAUCACUUAGAGAGGAAGAUGAAGAACUAGAGCUAGAGCCUUCAGAGCAGACCAAACCAGAUUUUGCAAGUGACGAAUUAAAAAAAUCAAUCAAAGAAGUAGAUCUUCAGUCACCAAAGAUGACCCAACCAGAGAUUCCAGAGGCGACACAAAACGAGUCAACUGAAGAGAAAAAGACAAAGCCAGGUGUUGAAGAGCAGACACAAAGAAAGUCAAUUGAGGAGAAAGUUCCAGAGCCACUAGAGCAUGCUAAACGAACAGAUCAAAAAGAGAAUCAGAUAAAAUCAAAGGAGAAGACAGAACUGGCACUGCCAGAGAAGUCAGUAUCAGAGGAAACACUAAGAAACUUAGCUGAGGAGAAAGGCCUAGAGCCACCAGAACAGACUAAAUUGGAGUUUCCAAAGAUGGAACCAAGAAAAUCAACUGAAGAAACAAGUCAAGUGCCACCAUGGAUGACCAAACCAGUUGAUGAGAAGAGAAAAACAGAGUCAACUGAGGAGAAAAAUCUAGACUUGCCAGUUGAAGCCAAAUUAAGAGAAAGAAGAAAGUCGUCUAUAAAAGAAACUGACAAAAUUAGAAACAGCUAUGCAGUAGGUUCUGACAGAGGUAGUGAAGUAGACUUACCUAGUACACACUAUGAGAAUCCGCAAGAAUUCUCAAAACGGCUUGAGCUUGAUUUCAGUGAAUACUCAAACUCACAUUUCUCAGAGCCUCAAAUGGAGUUAAAAGAGUCCUUUAAUGAGAAGAAAAGUGUAGAUUUGUCCCAAGAGUUGGAGGAACUGGUACCUAAAGAUGAAUCCAGGCCACCCAAAAGGACGGAGCCACAAUUUGAGUUUCUAAAUUGGAGCCCAGAGAAAGUUGCAGAGUGGAUUAGCCAGCUAGGCUUCCCUCAAUACAAGGAGUGUUUUACUGCAAACUUCAUCAGUGGCAAUAAACUCAUCUAUGUAAACUGCUCAAACCUCCCUCAGAUGGGGAUAACAGAUUUUGAGCACAUGAAGGUAAUUUCUCGACACGUGAGGGAGCUCCUGGGAAUUGAAGAGCCACUAUUCAGUCGCAGCAUCAGACUUCCCUACAGAGACAAUAUUGGCUUAUUUUUAGAACAAAAAAGUCAUACUGGCGUGAAAUCUGAUCGCUUGACCUUCUCUGAAUUUGUCGAAGCAGCAGGAUUACAGGACUAUGCUCCAUAAAUAAUUCUCUGAAAGGAAUGAGGCAUUAAAUUGCACUCAGUUACAGAGGAGAAAAAGUCAUGUCACUUACCUUGAAGGGCAUUACUUGGGGAAAGAGGUGUGGUCUCCAUUGGGUUUUCUUUUUUUCCUUUUCCACAAGGAUCAGGGGCUGGGCGUGGUGGCUCACACCUGUAAUCCCAGCAC